AACAAACAAAAAAGUACCUUAACUGUGUGGCGUACAAAUUUGACAAAAACUUUUAUAUAAACAUUGUGUGCAAUUGGAAGCCGGCUAACAAGAAAAAAAAAUUUGCAAUGGCAGCGCAGACAAUACUCUUUGAUUUUACAUUGAGCGCCGAAAGCCAAACAACAACAUCUGCCCAGCGCCAAGAGGUGGCCAAAGUUAUACGCAGUGAAUUGGAGCUGCUGUUCCCGCAGCUGGAGCUCGGCUACGUCUUGGAGACACCGGAGAAUGGCUACUUUGCAGUGCUGCACGAGAACAAGGAAACAAUUGUGACCAUACGUAUUUUCAAGCAAGGUUUGCUAACUAUUAAUGUGGAAUACUAUCUGCCUGAUGGCAAGGAGCCACUCAUAUCCUUUGAUACCUUGCGUACAAUGGAGCUUAUCUUACGUCAAAAAUUAGAUUCUGAUCGAUCCAAGUAUUUACCGCCGAUUAAACGUGGUGGAUAUAUUGACAUAUAUAUGACUAGCUCAGAUGAGCGCAUUAUCGAGUAUGAUAUUGAUAAGCUUGUGUAUGAGGCACGUUCGCCUUUUCAAAAGAUUCAAAUUAUGCACUCCAAGACGCUGGGCAAUAUGCUAAUACUCGAUGAAUUGCAGAAUAUUGCCGAAUCGGACUUGAUUUAUACUGAAACGCUGAUGGGUCGCGGCGUGGAGAACUAUGAGGGCAAGGAAAUUUGCAUACUCGGUGGCGGCGAUGGCGCGCUGCUCUAUGAGCUGCUCAAGGAGAAGCCCAAGUAUGUGGUUAUGCUGGAGAUUGACGAGCUGGUCAUGGUGGCCUGCAACAAGUACUUGAACUCCAUUUGUGGCGAUGUGCUGGAGAAACGCAAGUCGGACAACUAUGAAAUCAUUGUGGGCGACUGUGUCGAGUAUAUGAAAAAGUUUAUCGAAGAUGGACGCAAGUUUGAUUAUGUCUUUGGCGAUCUAACCGAUAUACCCAUAUCGGGUGCACCCAUUGGCGAAUGCUGGGAUUUUAUACGCACUAUAUUUGAGCAUUCGUUCAAGCUGCUCAAGCCCGAUGGCAAGUUCUUGACGCAUGGCAACGGCACCAGCUGCUUGGAGUCGCUGGAGCUGUUCGAGGAGCAGCUGCGCUUGCUUAAGCCCAAGGUUAAGUAUACCACAACCAAGGCGUUUGUGCCUUCGUUCAUGGAAGAAUGGCUGUUCUAUCAAGUGACCUUCGCUUGACCAGCUCAACAGCAACUU